GCCCCCUCCUACAUGUCCUCCUACUGACCCCAUUAGCCUUCGGGACUAUGUCCCGUGUCCUCCUCCCAUAUGUCUCCUGACUGUUCUUUGUACUCCCCGUCCCCCCCAACUGGUGUGUCCCCCAUACUCCCGAAUGUCCCAACCCCUCAGACUACACGUCCCAGCUGCUCUCCUUUUGCCCAUCCAGCUGCCCUCUGCACUUCUGUGCCCCUGCUGUGGUGGUGGCUGCCCGAGUGUGCAGAGAGCCUGCCCCAGGGAUUGGGGUGAGCCUGUCUUGGUGCCAACUCUGAACCCUAAUGAUGAAUGUGGACUCUUCCUACUGAUUUCUCUGCAGGCAGGGACAGCCUGAAGCAGACGCCCCUCCACGCCUUCCACCAGCAGCAGGGCGGCAGGAUGGUGAACUUCGCUGGCUGGAGCAUGCCCGUGCAGUAUGCACUGAGCCAUCUGGAGUCCCACCUGCACACACGCCGGCACUACUCCCUCUCUGACGUCUCCCACAUGCUGCAGGUAGCAUCGCCCGCCCCAGCCUCUCCCAGCCAAGGGUCCCCUGUGCUCACAGCCUGGCCGCAUGCAGGCCAGGAAGCUGUACACCCCAUUCACUGUGCAUCCGCUCACCUUGUAGAUGAGCCUGAAGACACCAUGAGAUGAGGAAACUGAGGCCCAGGCAGGGUCAGCCAACACU